AGGGGCCAGCGGUCAGGCAGCGGCCGAGCGGAGAGGACGAGCGCGCCCUCGGGAGCGGGAAUGGGGCCGGGCAGCGGCCUCUGGUACCGGCACCGAGCAGCGCCGCCUCCCCACAGCCGCACUACCCCUCCGCGCUGCAGAUAACAGCGGAACGGCGCCGGUCGGGCCGCUACCGAGAGUUGAGGAAGAAGCAUGAAUAGCACUACUGUUGUAUUAAGAAAUUCAAAAGUUGCAAGCUGAAUCAUUCUCGACCAAGCAGAAUGUGGUAAAAGAAACAUGGCUGAGGAUUGUGUUGGAUCUACCUAUAGUGUGCUGUCAACAAUGCCUUCGGACUCAGAAAGUAGCAGCUCCCUCAGCAGUGUCGGUACAGGCACGUCUGGGAAGGCAGCUUCUCCUCCACCGACUCUUAUGGAUACCAGGCAGAUGAGUGAGAAGUUAGAAGCCAUAGUUUAUCAACUUCGGCAGGUCACCCGUGAACGGGAUGAGUUACGCAAACAGCUGGCACUUUCUUCACCAGGCUCGACAUUUGACGAUUGCAGACCUAGCCCUAAGCCCAGCCAUGACUAUGAGAGACUGAAGAUGCAGUGCAUGAAAGCUAUGUCAGAUCUGCAGUCUCUGCAAAACCAACACACAAAAACGCUGAAGAAAUGUGAGGAGGCAGUAAAGGAAGCAGAUUUCUAUCACACGUUACACAAUCGCCUGCGAAUGGAUCAGUCACAACUCAAGGAAGAUAUGGAGGUCAUCAAGAGGGAGAACUCCCAGUUGUUACGGGAACACAAUCAUGCACAGCAGACCUGUGAGGAACUGAAGAGACUCCAUGAGGAGGAUCUGAAAGAGAUCACUGACCUGCGUUGUCAGCAGCAACAAGUUAUGAGGGAAAAUGGCUCAUCUGAGAUUCUAAAUAAACUAUAUGAUACUGCCAUGGAUAAAUUAGAAGGCUUAAAGAAAGACUAUGAUGCACUGAGAAAGCGGUACAAUGAGAAGGUUGCCAACCACAACACUGACCUCAGCCGCUUGGAGCGGAUCGACGAGGAUAAUCGACGAUUUCAGAAACAGAAUGAGAUGCUCAUGAAGCAAACAGAUGCUGCUGUUGUGGAGAAAACAUCUGUCCAGCAACAAUAUUUAUCUACACUGAAAAGAUAUGAUUCAAUACAGCAUGAAUUAAGUAAAGCAACAGUACAGAACAAAGAGCUCCAGAGGGAAAUGGAACGAUUGCAAACGGAGGUGACUAGAUACAAGACGUUGCAGCUGAAAGCAAUGAAGGAUGCAGAGAAAUACAAGGAAGAAAGGGAUACAGUACUGAAUGAAUAUCGACUGGUCAUGAGCGAAAGAGACCAGGUGCAUAAAGAGAUUGAUAAACUGCAGACGGAAUUGGAGUUGGCACAGGGUCAUCUGAAAAACACCUCUUCAGAGAGAAAAGUGGCCGGUGAAGAACUUGAAGCCCUUAGACAGGAGCUUCAUUCUGCGUUGGUAGAGCGAGAUCAUGCUAUCUGUGAGAGGAAUGAACUGCUGGAGAAAUACUGCCAUGAAGUGAAGGACAAAGCAGAAGCUCAAAAGGAGCUUGAUCAGGCUUGUAAAGAUAUUGAGACUGUGAAAGAAGAGAGAGAUGUUGCUAGGAAAGAAAGAACAGAAGCUAUCAUCCAGAGAGAUCAGUUGCUGCGGGAGUACUACCAGGCUCGACAGAAACAAGACUCGGCGACAUUGGACAUGGAAAGGGCCGGUAAGGAAAUCGAGAUGCUACGGAAGCAGUGUGAGGCUAUGUCCCAGGAACUAAAGGAAGGCAUACAGGAGGCAGAAGUGGCUAAACGCAGGCGGGACUGGGCAUUCCAAGAACGAGAUAAAAUAGUUGCAGAAAGAGAAAGCAUACGAACAUUAUGUGAUAAUUUGCGACGGGAAAGAGAUAGAGCUGUGAGUGAUCUGGCCGAAGCUCUUCGUGAUCUCGAUGACAUGAUGAAACAAAAGAAUGAUGCUGUUCGUGAACUUAAGGAACUGAAGGAAAAGAUGGAAACCCAGUUGGAGAAAGAGGCACGGAUUCGACAACUGAUGGCUCACAACUCCCACGAUUCAGCUAUUGACACGGAUUCCCUCGAAUGGGAGACCGAAGUGGUCGAAUUUCCAAAAGAUAGGGAUGACAUGGAUUUGAACGCACUGGGCUUCGAUGUAGCAGGAGGAGCUGAUGAACCUUAUCUACCUGGAGACUCUGGCAUAUUUGUUAUUAAGGUUGAUAAAGGAAGUAUUGCAGAUGGAAGGUUAAGGGUGAAUGAUUGCUUGCUCAGAAUAAAUGAUGUAGAUCUUACCAACAAAGACAGAAAACAUGUAAUUAAAGCAGUACUGAAUGGUGGAGGGGUCAUUAAUGUGCUUGUUCGAAGAAGAAAGUCCUUGGGAGGUAGAGCUAUCACUCCAGUUCAUAUCAGCCUUGUGGGUCACAAAGACAUUGGAAUCAGUUUGGAGACAGGAGUAUAUGUAGCUACCGUUUCCCCUGGCAGCUCUGCUGCUCGAGAAGGAUCGCUAACAGUGGGAGACAGACUCAUUACAAUAAAUGGUAUUGCACUAGAAAACAAGUCACUGACAGAAUGUGAAGCUUUGUUACGAAACUGCAGGGAUUCUGUCAGUCUUUCACUAAUGAAGGUGGUUCCUCAGAGUUCAUCUUGGAGUGGGCAGAAUAUACUUGAAACACUAAAGGAGUCUGAGAAAUCUGGUAACUGUCGGGUUCAAGAGUCGGACGUACAGGUUCCUAAUGCGCGAAACUUGAAACACAAUAGCUCAACGCAGACUGACAUUUUCAUUACAGAUUCGAACAUUCUUGAUGACAAAAGCGAUAGAGCUGAUCACAAAGAUGGCUGUUAUUAUGAUCGCAAACAGCUGUCCAGCCGUUCUUUGCAGCCUAAUACAUACAGGACAGCUGAGCAUAGUUGCUGCAACUAUCCAGACCUUAAAGUUAAUCCUCUCAGCUCAGAGAUUUUUUCUGAUAGAGGCUACGGGAUUGCGGAGCAUGAGAAAAGGUGCUUCACCUUUGACUCAACAGUGGCAGAUUGUGUUGUGGGAGAGACUGAAGUUGAAAAGGGGCAUAGUCCCAAGCACAAUGGUGGCACCUGGCCAAAAACAAUGGUGGAUGUUUCACCUGAACCUGGGAAACUCUCCAUAUUCAAAAUGCCAAAACAGAGGAAGCCAGUCUUUGAUCCAGAUACUUUCAAAAGGCCACAGACUCCUCCAAAGAUGGAUUAUCUCUCCCCAAUGCAAAAGCAGACACAUUCUUCACAGUCCUCGAAGAGUGAAUCUGGUUCAACGCCUCCCACACCUCCAAAGAGGAGUGAUUCAUUUAAAUUUAAACACAAGCAGCAAACCAGCUCGGCUUCAGAUUCUGCAACAACUAGUGGGUCACCUCCGACCAGUCCCGCUGCCCCUCAGUCACCUGCUGCCCUUGGAGUAAAACAGGACACCAAGCAUGAAGUCCAUGAUAGAAAUGUGGGCCAUUAUCACCCAACAACAUACUUAGAAGGAAGUGCUUUACUAUUAAGGACUUCCUCCGAGGAGGAAGGUCAUCAACGCGUUGAGGAGGUACAACCUGUCAGCAGACGUCGACCAAAAUCUGCUCCUGCUUUAAGACCCAGCAAACUUGCUCCUUUAACCGUUUCUGGACUGUCCCCUCAGGAGAGUGUUGACCCUCAUUUGCUGUAUGAGAGUCGCACAUCUAGCUCCCCAGUUCCCAGGUACAAUUCAAGUGAAGAACGUCUAUCUGCGGAGCCACAAGAAUGGCACCGUUACGCACCGAAACGCGCACACAGGCAGAGUGCUGGCUACACAUCAACAACAUAUAAUUCAGGUUCAGGCAGUGCACAGAGGAGCUUUGUACCUUGUCCAGCGGUGACAGCCGUUCUGCGAAAUCCAAAUGUUCCUUUCUUCACUGUGCGCAGUCGCAUGGUCCACAGCACCAACUACCCCUCCAUGGCGAGUCAGAUGUGCUAUCCACAUCCACAACAUAGAACAAGGAACCAUUCGCCAACUGAAAGCUUUCCUAGUUCUCCACGGACUCGGCAUAGACCUCAGAGUGCAAUUUGCUUCCCAGAAUCCAUGCAUACCUUUGAAGGGUUUAGCCCACAGCAUCAUGCACAUCACAGCCUGGAUCUGACCGGCCCAGACCACAACCAUUCAAGUGAUUUGUCCAAGUCUUCCAGAAGCAUAACACCACACGGAACACAAUCUCUGCCAGCCAGUGCACGUAUAGCUGGUUCAUCAAGCAGCCUAGCUUUUGCUCCCAGUAAAAGUGGAAGAAUUCGAAUCCCUUCCAACACAAGGUAUCCCCGAUUGACUACAGGCUCUGACAGAGGUUCUGAGAGAAGCAGUCCGAGUUUGAUUACACCUCCGCAGUCACCCAUGAAUCUAGAAACUUCUUCAUUCGGCAGCAGCCAAUCACAGAGUUCAAUUUCUUCUCUCACUAAGAUCUCCAUCAGCCCUGUGUCAACUGGAGAUUACAGGAAGGACAGGCCGUACCUACAUGAACCCCGUCACGUGACAGUACAGAAAGGAGCUGAGCCCCUUGGAAUCUCCAUUGUCUGUGGAGAAAAUGGAGGCAUUUUUGUUUCAAAAGUAAUUGGUGGAAGCAUUGCUCAUCAAGCAGGACUUGAAUACGGUGACCAAUUACUUGAGUAUAACGGUAUUAAUUUGAGGAAUGCCACAGAGCAGCAGGCUCGGUUAAUUAUCGGACAAACAGAGCCUUGCGAAACUAUCACCAUCUUGGCACAAUAUAACCCUCACAUGUAUCAACUGGGAAACCAUUCUCGCUCCAGUUCUCGAUUGGAUCCAAUAAGCAAUCAUUCAACUCCCCACGGCAGUGGAGCAACAACGCCUGACAAUCACUCGAUUAUUGAUGCUGUGAGUGAGCAGGACGAAGGGACAAUUACACCCCCGUCGAAGCAAACUACCCCAACCACUAGUCCACGCAACUCGAUAAGGAGGUCUAUUGAUUCAACCAAUCAAACUUUUGAGCCAAGAUUUCUAUUCCUGAAGAAGACACAGAUGGAUCUGGGGAUCCAGAUUUGUGGAGGGAAUCUGUAUGGAGUGUUUGUGGUAAAGGUUGAAGAUGACAGCCCGGCUAAAGGCCCCGAUGGACUGGUAACUGGAGAUAAGCUGCUGGAGUACAACGGUGUUGAUAUGCGAAAUGUAACGGCAGAGCAAGCCUAUGUUGAAAUGCUGAAGCCCACAGAGUCGAUCUCGGUGAAGGCUCAGUAUAAGAUAGAGGAAUUCAACAGGGUCAGGGAUGAAGCUGGAGACGGAUUCUAUAUCAGAGCACUUUACGAUCGAGUUGCAGAAGUAGAACAAGAUCUAAGUUUUAAGAAGGAUGAUAUUCUUUAUGUUGAUGACACUCUGCCGCAAGGAAACUUUGGUUACUGGAUGACCUGGCAAUUGGAUGAAAACGCUCAGAAACUUGAAAGAGGGCACAUCCCCAGCAAAUACAUGAUGGACCAGGAAUUCUGCAGAAGACACAGCAUGUCUGAGGUCAGGGACGAAAAUGUUAAGACUCUAUCAGCAGCAGCCAGAAGAUCAUUUUUUCGGCGAAAGCAAAAACACAAAAGGAACAAUUCAAAAGAUGGAAAGGAGAUGCUGGCGCUUGAUGCCAUAAGCACUGAUUCCAUCCCUCUGUUGGAAGAUUCUGGAAGUUUGGCAUAUCAAAGAGUGCAGAAAGUAGAAUGCACUUCCCCAAGGCCCGUGCUCAUCCUGGGACCACUGGUAGAUGCUGUGAAGGACAUGCUGGUCAAAGAUUCCCCAGGAAAGUUCUGCAGAUGUCCAUUAGAGGUUAUGAAAGCUUCUCAGCAGGCCAUUGAACGAGGAGUAGCAGACUAUCUCUUCAUUGACUACAAGAGGAGAAGUGGACAUUUUGAUGUCACAACUGUGGCCUCCAUUAAAGAAAUAACGGAGAAGGACUGCCACUGCUUGCUUGAUAUUGCGCCACAUGCCAUCGAGCGUCUACACCGAAUUCACAUCUAUCCGAUAGUCAUUUUCAUACGGUACAAAAACCUAAAGCAAAUCAAAGAACAAAAGGAUCCAAUCUUUCUGCGAGACAAAGGUACACAAAAAAGACAUUCCAAGGAACAGUUUGAGGCUGCUCAAAAGAUUGAACAAGAAUACAGCAAGUUUUUCACAGGCAUCGUCCAAGGAGGUACCCUGCCCUACAUUUGCACUCAAAUCAUGACGAUUGUUGAUCAAGAACAGAACAAAGUCCUUUGGAUUCCAGCUGGAACUCUCUAGGGCCUCAGUUUGGCAGCUCACACUCGUGUUGGUGUAGACGAUUGCUUUGUUGAGCUUGGAUUACAACUGUCCUGAAGAUUGCGGAUUACACAGAAGAGACAGCAUGUUGAAAGGCGUAAUGAGGUGCAGGAAAGGUUUUCAGCAUGGGAAUGUUGGGCAAAUGCUGUUAAGUAGUCCUGACAUCUACUGUACUGCAAUACAACGAAAAACCCUUCAAAUUGGAUUUUUACAGGACUGAUUUUAAAAUAUAUAUUUUAUUCUGCCUUCUUGACCCAGCACACUAAUAAAAGUUGGAAAAGUGAUGUUGCAACUAAAACUUAGAAAGACACGUUUACAAGUAAUGUUUCCUGAUUAUUUGUUUUAAAUAUUUACUUGAAUGUUUUUAUUUUUGUUGUCUUACUCUCCAUACUUUGGAUAAGCCGGCUCUUUUGAAUGAGGUUUGUGCAUGUGAAUGGGCAGGUUUACCUGGUUACAUGUAAUUAGCCCUGAGGUUCUACAAACAGGUUAAACUUUAUAGAAUUGGUACAGUGUGUUCUUGUAGUUGGGGAAUGGUAUAGUGACUGGUACUGUUUGGAGUGAGUUAUGAAAUUUGUGUGCACUCUCUUGAAGGGCAGACCACUGCAUUUGCUGUUUAAGAAGGAACUGCAGAUGCUGGAAAAUCGAAGGUAGACAAAAAUGCUGGAGAAACUCAGCGGGUGCAGCAGCAUCUAUGGAGCGAAGGAAAUAGGCAACGUUUCGGGCCGAAACCCUUCUGAAGAGUUUCUCCAGUAUUUUUGUCUACCACUGCAUUUGCUUCUGUUUUUAUUGUCUGUCAAAUAUAUUUUUCUGCAUGGAUCUUGAUAUGUAAACAGCAUAAUGUAUCUGAUCAUAUUGUAUAAACUAAUACCUUAAUUGUUGGGCCUAAUAUUGUGUAGCAAUGGAGUAAUGAACUUUUGGCUAGGCCUAGCAUGCUGAUACGACACUUUCUAAAAGCUGUAAAUAUUGAAGAAACUCAUCGGUGCAAUUUUGCAAGUUAUGUUGAGCUUUUUUUUUUUAAAAGAAAAAAAUCUGUGUGUGUAGCAGUCAAAUAGAUUUAUUUAACUUGAAGAAAAUAUUUCCCUUGGAUGAUUCGUCUAAGUAAAUGUAGUUAUAAGGCACAGUAAAUAAUUGUAGUGUUGCCACUGUCUGGAAAGCAGUCGUUGAAUCUGCAAUGCUUAUGGAUGUUUUUUUGUCAUAUAUUGUGCCAAAUUGUCAGCAUUUGUUUCCUCUGUUUUCAUGUUGCACUUGUGAAUCCAUGUGUGCCUAACACAGGAUUGCUCUUGGUCCUCCAGUUUGUCUCAUGUUUUUAGGUAGUUCACUGCUGUACCUACUGUCUUCAAUGCAAAUGAAUCAUUAAAGAAACACAAGACUGUUCCUCAUAUUUCAAUAAUUCUCUGGCGCAUAAUGGCCUUUCAGACAUUCCUCAAAACGCAUAAACUGCUUACAUUUGCAUACUAUAAUGAAAAGGGACGUUUUCUUGCAUACUGUGUCAAAAAGCAAAGUACACUGUAUUGCAUUUUACCAAUUGGAUUUAAAAGGUUACAAAGAUAUUAAGGCAUCAAAUAUAAUUUUGGCAAGUUGUUCACUUGAUUCACAUCCUGCAGGAGAGGUAGAACAACUUAUUUAUUAUUUUCUGUAAUAACUUGUUCUGGCAGUGAAGAAGCCUCCCUUUCACGAGUAAAGCAUUUUGUCGCAUUUGGUUCGGAUUUGAAUUUUGGCUCCGUGUACGUGUCCAAACUCACUGAUACAGUGACUCGAUCCCCAUGCAUCUACUGCCAAUGUAAGUUAUUGCAGGGCACAGUCAGAGUGUGAUAUAGAUGGUACAAGGUGAACAGGUACUGAUAUUUUUAUUCUGCGCUAAAAGAUUACUUUGUAUCAAAUGUAAAGCAAUUGAUUAGUACAAGAAUAAAGGUUAAUUUCUGAUA